AUGCUUGCUGCGGCGGCUGCAGCAGGUGAGGCCCCAGGGCCUCACCAGGGGCCCCCAGGUGCAGCAGCAACAGCAGCAUCAGCAGAAACGGCAGCCACAGCAGCAGCAGAGCAUGCUUCUGCUUCUGCAGCAGCAACAGCAGCAGCAGCAGCUCCCCUCAUUCGCGUUGUGCUGCAUACGCCACCCCCUGUGGGGCCCACUUGCGGUGUCUGUACACCUCAACUAGAGGAGGCCCUCAGCGCCUCGCGCUUUCUUCACCCAGGCAUUCAAUUGAAGCCUAAAAGCAGAGCCUUGCAGUCUCUCCUUGGGCUUACUGAUCCCCCCUCCCCCAGCAGCAGCAGCAGCAACAGCAGCAGCAACAGCAGCAGCAACAGCAGCAGCAGCAGCAGCAGGUCGUUGUCGUAUAGCACCAUAGCGGAGCUGUCUGUACACCCUACAAUUCGUCAUUUAGCUGCUCGAUUGCAAGCAGGGGGCUGCGUAGUUUUCCCUACAGAGACUGUCUACGGUCUGGGAGCUGCUGCAUGCAGCAGCAAAGGCUGCUGCUCUGUCUUUCAGUUAAAGCAGAGGCCCUUUACUGACCCUCUUAUAUGUCAUGUGGUGUCUGCUGAGCAGGCUCUCACUCAAGUUGUUGAUUUAGAUGAGGAAGAAGCUGCAGCAGCAGAUCCACCAGCAGCAGAUGCAGCAGCAGAUGCAGCAGCAGCAGCAGCAGCAGGAGAUGCACCUGCAGCAGCAGCAGCAGCAGCAGCAGCAAAAAGGAAGAAGGGGGCAUUGAGGGCUGUCUUCAUGGCUCUAGCAGAGGCAUUCUGGCCGGGGCCCUUCAGCAUCAUCGCUAAACAACGCAAAUUACCUUCAGAAAGUGCUGCUGCAGCAGCAGCAACUGCAGCAAGUACAGCAACAGAUGCAGCAGCAACAUCAGCAGCAACCGGUGCUUCUUCAUCUUCUGUGGGGUAUAUACAACCCCAAUCACCUCCUUGCAGCAGCAAAGGAGAAUGCACCAGCAGCAGCAGCAGCAGCAACAGCAGCAGCAGCAACAGCAGCAACAGCAGCAGCAGCAGCAGCAACAGCAGCAGCAAAGAAAGCGUAUGCGGUGUUGUAGAGGAAGUAACGGGGGGCACAGGGUUUGCUGCAGUUAGGGUGCCGCACCACCCGCUUGCGCUGUCUCUGCUUGCUGCUGCUGCAGUUCCUGUUGCUGCUCCCUCAGCUAAUCGCUUCGGAAGAAUAUCUCCAACGAAGCCGCAGCACGUUGUCAAGCAACUCCACAUGCAGCAGCAGCAGCAGCAGCAGCAGCAAGAGGAGAAUGUGUAUGAAUUGCCUUUGCUUGAUGGGGGGGAGUGCUGCUUUGUGGGUAUAGAGUCUACAGUUGUGAAGAUUAUGUUAAAACAAGAAGAAGAAGAAGAUAAAAUAAAUAAAAUAAAUAAAAUAAAUAAAGAUACAGCAGCAAACAAAGCAGAAGUAGAAGUGCAGGUUCUGAGACGAGGGGUAGUCUGCUGCACAAUGAUUGAAGAAGCCCUUCAGCAAGCAGCAGCAGCAGCAGAAGCAAAAGCAGCAGCAGCAGCAACAGCAGAGGGAGCAACAGCAGCAGAAGCAGCAGCAGCAGCAGCAGCAGCAGCAGCAUUCCCCAGGUGGCUUUGUUUGACGCAUUACUCUCCUUCUGUCCCUUCAUUCUUACUCAACAACUCCUCCCUAUGCAUGCAGCUGCUGCAGUCAAUCAACAGCAGCAGCAGCAACAGCAGCAACAGCAGCAGCAGCAGCAACAGCAGCAGCAGCAGCAGCAGUGUUACAGGGGGAGAAGAUAGGGGGGCCCCUUCUUCUUUAUAUAAUUCAAGCCGCUGCAUUUUAAUCGACUCCAACGCUGAACUUCAUUCUAUUGCUAAAUACUUCUGUCAUUACAUAUCCCUCACAAACCCGCAGCAGCAGCAGCAGCAGCAGCAGCAGCAGCAGCAGCAGCAGCAGCAAGAGCAGCAGCAGGGGCAGGCGUCUCCUGAUGCUGCUGCUAACGCAGCUAGAAAGGUGUUCGCUGCUCUUCAUGCUGCAGAGGAGACAGCCCUGCGGCUACAAAAGCAGCAGCAACAGCAACAGCAACAGCAACAGCAGCAGCAGGAGGUGGUGGUGCUGCUGCAUGCAGAGCCCCUGGCAGAGUUGGGGGAAGAGGGCCUUGCGGUGUACGACCGCCUCUUUAGAGCUGCCUCGGGCCGUAGCGUCGUGCCGCUCUAUGCAACAGCCUCAGGGCCAUCUGCUGAAAUUAUCUUCGGCGCAAGGCCUAAACCCUAA